CAUUCAAUAUUUCAUUAUUGAUAAUUUUCCUGUUAGUCGGAGUUUAAAAUGUAUUUUAUCGUGUAUGAUUUAUCUAUCCAUGUAAAAUAUAAGCCUGCUUUGCAUCACAUUUAGUAUUAUUGAAAAACAUGUCGCUUGUAAAUAACCAACAGAUGUUUGAAAAAGAGAGACAAAGAUGUGAUCUUCACAUAUUUUGGGGAGUGGAAGACAAUACUCAACGUAAACUUGAAAAGGAACAACAAUCUGUCUUUGUCAAUUGUUUAGCUGGCAAGUCAGAGGAAUUAUCGCCCAAGAAACAAUAUGAGACAAGUGAUUUUAAAGGUGAAGGAUUUUGCAAUGAUAUAGAAAGGGACAAAAAUUCACCAAAAGACAUUAAGGAAGAUUUUGACACUGUCCCGAAAGAAAUUGAGUUCUAUGAUGAUUUAGAUGAAACAGACUUCUUUGAUAGUGAAGAUGAAUACUGGGAAAGGAACAAAAACAAGAAAAUUGAAGAUAAUCCAGCUGUUUGUGAAUAUUGUCUUUCAUAUCAUCUUCCACGAAGUGUCCAUGAGGAUAAAAGUUGUCGUUACGAGAAUGUCUACGAUCUCUCACCAUGGUGCACACCAGCUGUUCAAAAGUUUGCCAAAGAAAACAACUUUGAGAUAAAAGACGUGUAUGGUGAUGGUAACUGUCUGUUCCGUGCUGUAGCAGACCAAUUUAUGGUCAGCGGGUGUCCUGGACAUACAGAGAUUUCUUUGCGUGAAUCGGCUAUAAGACACCUAGAAAGCGAUCCAUCGAAGUACGGAGUACACGCGUCUUCCUUUUUAUUCGGAGAAACAUGGGAAUCUUACCUCCAUAGAAUGAAAAAACCAGGAGAGUGGGGUGAUCACAUUAUUCUCCAGGCUCUGGCUGAUGUAUUUUUACUGCACAUUAGCAUCUAUAAUACUGUUCACACGGACAUAAGACGUAUUGAUAUUACUAGUGAACAAUGCCUGACGGUUACAAAACGAUUUCGCAUUGCUCUUGGUCACGUAGGAGAGAGCCAUUAUUUCAGUCUUCGUCCUUUGCAAUGGAAAACAGAAUUACCCUACAAGGCUCAGGUUUUAAGGAUGAUGGUAACCAAUAGGGACAAACCCUUGGAGGAGAGAACAGGCCUUGUGGAUAGCAAGUUUGUGUCAAUGGUUCAAGGACAUUUCCCCGUCACUCACUUGUCGGAGUGCAUUCAAUUUGUAUUGCAGGAUAUUUCCCUUCAGAAAGGAGAAUGCAGGAAACAACAGGCUAAUCGCAAACAAAUCUUCAAAACAUACACCGGGAAAGACUUAAUUCAAGAAGCAACAGAAGAUUCAAAAAGAAAAUUAAUUGAAGACCAAUCUUAUAUUGAUCCUGUGUCUGGAAUACCUUUGCAGCAUUUAACAUUUAUCAUGAAAGAACUGUUACCAUCAAAACUAUUUCAAAAGAAAAUCGAAAUUCUUGGACCACUGCUACGCGUUGGAGACGUGAUGUAUCAUUUUCUAGACUUACAAGCAGAUGUUUGCACUGCAUCACUUCGGGACAUAACCCGAACCGCGAAAAUAGAAAGGCGUAAUAAAUUUGAUAGUGUUCGUAUUGUUGUCAUCAAAAGGGGAACAGCUGCAAAUUUUCCACACUCAAGAGGACAUGCACCACAGGGACUUUUUUCAACAAUGUUGCUUGUUGAUUCGUCUGAAACCCAUCCUGGAUAUUGCAGACUGAAACUUUCCUCGUCUGAUUCAGGAAACAGCAAUGGAGAUUUUGGCUCUAACAUUUAUCAAAAAGCAUUCACUAUUCCGAGUGGGUUACAAUCCAAAAUCUUUUUAUCAGAGGAGUAUUCGUGUGAGAUUGAUUGUUUGGGAGUUCUUUGUUUAUCUUUUCCAUAUGAUCGCCGCUGGAAUAGAAAAAAGAAUGAUUUUCCGUCGCAAUAUCUUAUCAGUUUGAUGAUUCAAACUGGUUGUACCUUAAUUCCCAGAUCACAUCCAAAGAGUACAUCCCCGGAAUUGGAAUGGAAGUUCGAUUUUUCAAUGGCAGAGCAUGUUAUUUUUGAAAAUCUAACGCUUUCACAGAUUCAUGGCUUUUAUAUAUUGAAAUUAUUGAUUGAGAAUGUUGUACAUCACCUGCCAUUUAAAACAAAACAUUUAAAAUCUGUGUUUCUAAUGGCAUGUGAAGAUAUACCAUCCGAUGCUUGGGAAACCAAUUUAAGUGGAUGUAUGUUGUAUGUCUUAGACUCUUUGCUAACAUGCUUGAAAUCAAGAUUUCUUCCAAAUUAUUUUCUUCCAAAAAACAAUCUCAUUGAAUGUCACAGAGAGGAUGACAUCAAUACAAUUUGUACUUUGAUUGAAUACAUUCGUCUUUUUCCUGCAAAUGUUAUUCAAAUUGUUGUCGAAACUUAUGGGUUUACACAUGGAACAAAUCUUAUUCAGCAGGUUUUGUCAACUGUAAAAGAUUUUAUAUGUGAGGAAAGUCUGCAUAAUGCGUUCAACAAUUGUUUUUUGCCUUUAACGAUUGCAACAGCAAAGACAAUGGCAAAGAUUGGUUUUUAUGAUGUUUCGCUUGACAUACUCACGGCGCAAUUUGAACAGAGUCUUUUGAUGCCAGAUACAGGACAAAGGCAUAUAUCUAUAACUUUUUCUGAGUUCUUUUGGUCGGCAUCAACUAAAAUGAAGCAAAAGGCAUCUCGGGUACUACUGGCAAGGUUGUUUGACAUCAAGAUGGGAUCAAAUCUCAUGAACUUUGUUAAGCUAAAAGAGAAAGACAACUCUCUACAAAUGUACCUGCCAUGGGCAAUCGACAAUAGGAUAGCCUGGGUAGAAGUUCUGUUUGAUCACACCUACGGUUUAACUGAGAUUGCUAACUUUCUCUAUGAUUAUAGCAAACGAGAAUACUGGAGGCGUAAUGUGGUUCUUGCUGAAUUAGCCAUCACAACCGCAAUAAAAUGCAUUAAAGAAACAUUGAAGCAAGAAUCGUUUUUUGUGGAAAACGUUAAAGAUGCAAGUUUGAAAUCAGAAGUAGAUGCUCAGAAACAAAUGUUAGAAAAGAAACUCAUUCCGUUUUACGUGCAUUUGUAUAGUAUUGCACGAAUUAAUUUUUGCAUUGCUCCAUUGACUGAACAUAUGGACGACAUUGAGAAUCUUUGCAAGGAAUUUCCAGAAAUGUAUGGAUUGUUCUAUUCAAUGUGUAUUUAUACAAAACAGCCUGAACAGAAAAAGAAAAAUGUUGCAAAAAUGAUUGCCUAUGUUCAUGGCAAGGAUUUACCAUAUUCUCAAGAAAGUUCUCUUUCCAUGGACGAAGAUUAUUUAAACUAGAAAAAAGUCAUCGGUGUGAAAUAAAGUUUAAUUGUUUUACCUCUCUUUAAUUUCUGUUUGUAUACUUCAAAUGAGUUUCAUUUUUUGAUGAACAGACAUGUCAGAAAUUUAAAUAAAAAACGUUUUUUACACUCGUUAUUUCAUUUGUU